UUGCUGACAAUUUUUUUGCUGUUCACCCUAGAUGAACUAAACUUUGAAUCAUCGGAUAAUAAUGGCAUGGCCGUGCCGUCAUUGACCUUGUUUAAGGAUAUGGAAGGACAAUGCAAUACGUAUUGUUUUGGUAUAGUAAAACCCAUUUUGCAGCAAACAAAGCAACAUCAGUUCUCAGAGUUACAAGACAAAAUCAGAGAUCUAUAUACGGUCAUAAAGAAUACGGAAAAUCAACUAAAUGCCGUUCAAAUCAAAUAUGGAGUCUGCGAGGAUGCGACGAAAAACAGAGAAACUCUAUCGAGAGAGCAACUGAAUCGAAAGGUAACGCAGCUCACUGAGCUACAAAAGAGAGCAGAUGCACAGGAGGAGAGCAUAAAGAGCUUGGAGAUUCAGUUGAGCAGUCUACAAAACCGUAUUGGCAUCUGUGAAGAAACAGUCAAGAAUCGGGAAGUACAGUAUGAACAGCUAAAGGAUUUGAAUGGCUCGUGUAAUAAUAGCAGCAAGGUUAAAGACGAUCUCAUAGCAACAAAUAAGGCGCUAAUUGAUAAACAGCAAACCGCAUUUCAAGGUGAAAUGAUUAAAAUCGAACUUAAGGACCGACAAAUAACUGAACUAGAAGCUCACCUUAAGACCAAAGAAACCAUCGUGGCUGAACAGCAGACAAAAAUUGGUUCGGAUGCUUUAAAGAUCAAACAAUUGUUUGAUAAAAUAUCUCAAUACGUUGCACAACUCAAAAAAUGUCAAUCAACAAGUUGUCUGGGCAAAUCUACCAAUGUACAUGUGAUACGUGUGCCCGGUGCCGAGCCCUUUCCAGUAUUUUGUGACUCAACUCUCGCCGAUUCCGGUUGGACUGUUAUAUUGCGGCGUCGUGAUGGUUCGGUCAACUUCAAUCGCAAUUGGACUGAUUAUACUUUAGGGUUUGGUGAUUUAAGAGGAGAGUUUUUUAUCGGACUGGAGAAAAUUCACUUGAUGACCAAGUCACAACAUCAUGAAUUGUAUAUAUAUCUAAGGGAUUUCGAUGAUGAAAAUCGUUAUGCACACUACGAUCAUUUUCAAAUUGGUGAAGAGCACGAAUUUUUUCGUUUGAUGGCAUUGGGCGACUAUAAGGGAACUGCAGGCGACGCGUUAUCCUCGCAAAGGGAUAUGAAAUUUUCAACACCGGAUCAUGACAAUGACAAGUCACCCAAUAAUUGCGCUAAGGAGUUCCGAGCGGGCUGGUGGUACAGAAAAUGUUAUUACUGUAAUUUAAAUGGACAAUACUUCAAUGCGAAAACAACAAAUCAGUACGGCAUCAAUUGGUUUGCGUGGCACAAAAAUUCUCUGCAGUUUGUACAAAUGAUGAUCAGACCUAAGCCGCAUUAAUUAAUUUUAAUUGUAAAAAUAAUAUAUUUA